ACGCGGUGCGCCGCAGACGAGCCAGGGACGAUACCAGCGACGAGGAGGACCUCGGCCUGCCCCGGAGUCCGCCCAGCAACUCGCCAACUGCCGCCGACGUCGUGGAGAAGGUCUUCAAGGAGAAACGUGAACAAGUCAAACCACAGCACCUGCAGUGAUGGCUCCUUGCUCAGCAUGGGCAGCUCUGAGAUGGAUGAGGACUCGUAUGAUCAGAGCUCAGGGCACGGCUCCAAACUGUCACUGCACGACAAGAAGUCUGAACCGACGGGGGUGGAGGUCACAUCCGAGCCUCUCAGUCACACCGCUGCCAGACACAAGAUGUCUGUCAAGCCGAAGCGAACCCACGGUGUGCCACGCAAGCGCAGAUCCACCCAGUUGGGGGAGGUGACGACUCUACCCGCCACACCGGAGGUCAACGAGGAGUCAAACAGUCUGUCGGUGGGCCGCAGCGUCACUCCAGAUCUUCCUGUCACCACUGGCACCGCCACCGCCACCACCACUCAGCUCAAGUCCGCCUCCCUUCCCCCCGGAGCCACCCCCACCUGGCACCAGAGCCCCGUCAAGCUGUCCCGCAGCCGCUCCAGUGCUACCAACCGCCAGCUCGACUGUGCGACGGUCGGAGAGCAGGAUGAGCCGGAACAACAUUCCACGUUCUUCGGUCGGCUGCUGUCCAGACGCAGUGGCAAGAAGAAGAAAGUGGUGGAGGAGCCCUCUCUAGAGCUUCCUCACAAGAGGAUGGACGAGAAGGGGAGAUACGUUCACGAAGUGACCAAAUUGGGGAGGCACCAUCCGGCUUCUCGUCAGAGGGUAGAGCCCAUCAAUAUUUCCCAGGAGCGUUCCGUAUCGAGAACACAAGUAUUCUACCCACCCUCACCUACCCCACCGGACUCACCCCCUGUAGUACACAAAGCCACCGAAACGCCCAACGACGAAAACACACUCGAAGGAAGAUCGCCUCUAAGGAAGAUCAUUCCUCUUGAAGUCGACUCGUCGAUUCCGAAAAGGACUUUUGUCAAAAAGUCUCAGAGUUUCAGACGUGAUGAAGCUUUACCUUUUGUUUCUUUAGAUACACCCAGUCUUCCGAUAGGGCUCGGAUCUGAUCUGCAGAAAGAUGAGGUAGAGGACCUAAACGAGUUUACCACACUUGAAAUCGUAGAUCAUCAUAUCUCCAGUGAAAGAAUCGAAGAGAAUCUUAAGGACGUUACUACGACUGUUACAAUAAACAGCUCGGAAACAAUGGACUCUUGCAAAGUAACAGUUUUGAGGGAAGACGCUACAGACAGUGUUUCGGGAUUACAAGUGAAGAAAAGUGCAUCCUUAGACAGUAUCCAGAGCCAUGAAAUAGAACCCUCAUCUAAAAAGUCUCUGUCUUCGGAAAGUGUUACUCAUCAAAUUACAAUCCCUGUGGGUUCGAGUGUUGUAAAUAUUACUCAAACCGUUAAUGAGCCACGUCAAAAUCCUCCUCCUCACAAUAUCAAACCCGAGCCUCGUAAAAGCUUAAAAGAAGGAAACAAGGAAGUUCCUAAUUUUUACCCUGUACCUGCUCCUCGCCCUUCCAAACGUGAGAGUCUGGAGUCCAAACCUCCUCGAGUGCCAGAGUUCCUGCGAGUCCAGUUGAAUCACGUUGAUAGCAAGCCUUCAGUUAAUGUUGUUCUUUCUACAUCGGCAGCUCCUAUUGAAGAAGCAAUUGUUCAAGAUGAAAUCGAGAAAGGUCCUAGCCUUUCUAAAGGUGAAACAACUGAAAAUAUGAACUAUCCUGUGAGAAAGAACAGCAAGUCUGAUGAUAUAGAUGUUAAAGUUGAAAUAGGGAAGGAAGAGACCCAGGAAAGUAUAAUCAAGAAAGUUGAUGUUUGCGUGGCCAAAGAACCAGUAGAUCCAAAUCAAGCAAAGUUUCUGAACAGCGUAAAACAGUGGAGUGCUUCUCCUUACUCAAUAUCAAACCCGAAUUACUCUAUUGUUUCAAUUGCACCAAGAAACAUAGAAGUUCAGAAAUCACCUGAAAAACCAAUUGUGUCAAAUCAAAGUGUGCAAAAAACAGUUAUAAUCAAAGAUGUCAAAGAAAAAUCACCAUUGGUCGAAAAAGUUCAAGAUGUAUCGCCUACAAAUGUUGUGUUGAGGCAGAGAUCAUUUGUCAAUGAUGAUAAACCUGCAAAUAUACUAAAUGUUGACAAAACACCUAAGAUAGAAGAAAUAAAAUUUGCCCCUCGUAAAAAGUCAUUAACAAAGGAUGUUUUUGUAUCCGAUAUCGAUAGGUCAAGAAAGCUAAGCCUGGAAAAGCUUGAUUCCAGAAAUCAAGAAAAUAUGAAUGACUUUAGUAAGAGAAAAUCCAAGGACAUUUCAAGUAGUGAGGAUAACAUCGUUGAUCGCAACUCGUAUGGAAGUUCUGACACGUUAGCAUCACAAGACAGCGGAGAUGUUGUUUUGAGGAGGAAGUCCUUGUCUAGAGAAAUUAUCAAACAGAAAGAGGAGGAACCAGAAUUACUUAAGGUGUUUGCUCGAAGAUCAUUAAAAGUGAAAGACACAGAAGCACCAGAUGAUAUAGAAACCUCGAACUAUCCACCGAUGAAGUCCAGAGAUAGUGACAAAGAGAACGAGUGUGGGGACUCACCUCCUGAAGAGCGCAAGAAAAUAAAAGAGUCCCUUGUCGAAACUAAAGUAUUAGAGAAGUCGAUCCCGAGUGUAGCGUACAAGUAUCAGAGGAGUAUCAGUGCAAACAAUGAAGAGUCCGUGUCUGCAACUGUUUUAGCCACUUCUAAAAAAGACAAUAAUGCUUACGAAAAGCGACAAAGGAGCCGAACGAUACCGGAUCCGAAAGUAAUCGACCCUCCGAGUUCAGUCGUGGCCCAGAGAAUGAUUGUGAGCAUUCUGAAGGAGAAGGAGGUGGAGGUGAUCAGCCUCGACAGCUCUGAGGAAAAGAAUAUUGAGAAGGAAGAUAAUGUUCCGAGGUUCAAGAGAAUCCAGCAGCGCAAGGAAGAAUGGGAGAAAAGAGCGCAGCUAGCGAUGAAGAAGUCGCACCCCUGAUCUCGACUGUUUCCUCGAUUAUGUUUGCGUCCGUCUAGUAGCUAAGGCUUUUCAUGUGCACUUUUAAACCUUGUUAUGCUGUGUCAUAUGCUUUCUUUAAUGCUUCUUGUAAUAAUAAAGAAAAUAUUUUUAUCCAUGUUUAAAGAAGUAUUAUACCAUACAGAUUAUCGUUUGACUAUUAGUAAAUCUUUAUUGUGAUUUGUUGGGGAAUAACUGUACACUAGUUGAGGGUAACGAGGUGGCAUAGUGCCUUAAUGUAAUCCGUUCGUGAUACAGACAAAUUAUAUUAGCCAUUCACCUAUCAAGAUCAGUUUUAUAUUGAAAAAUAUAGAAAAUAAUACAGUGUAUUUUAUACAAUUGUAAUAGUUUGUUGUCAAAAACAAAAAUGUUAUAUAAAUUUUAGAAAAAAUUCUAUCAUAAUAAUAAUCUGAGGGUAUCUUCAGUAAUUACAAUGAAUUAUGUGAUCUCGGACAUAAAUGUUAUUAUUAUGUCAGAGAGUUUAGAAAUCAAUAGAUAACAGCCUGCACUAUCCCAGGAUAAAAGCGCAUAAUACGUAGAUAAUAAUGGUUUUGUUUCUUAAAUCUUAAGUUCUCUAAAUUGCUAGAAUUUAACAUUUUGCAUAUUGUAAAUCAGGCAAGUUGGAUGCCUUUUUAUAUUGUAAUUUUGUUAUUGUGUUAUUUUAACUUUAUAUUUCAGGUAAACGUGAAUGACUCUUCAUCUUAUCUUAUGUAUUAUGAUAUGCAGGUCUGAUCAUGCGGAUAGGUAUGGAAAUCUGCUUCAUUUAUCAAACACUGUGGCUGUUCUUGUUCUUCUUUAUUUUGAGCAUUUUUGAGAUUAUGCCUCCUGCAAUGUUUCCAACUUAUUCUUAUUGUUUUGUUCUGUAUUAGCAUUUUCUCACAACAUUUUCAUGUCGUUCAUUGUUGACAGUUCAACCAUCUUGCCUGCGAAUUUUAUUUAAUGCAUUUUCCUCCAUUCAUUAACUUGUUUUAGUAAAUAUUUUAUAAAUAGGAAAAUUCUUAAAAUUUUGUUUUAUACCUUGAAAAAUGAAAUUUUUUAUUCAAUCCUCAGCAUUUAUUUGUACUUUGGAAUGUGUGUGUGGCAAGUGACACGUUACAGAAUAUACAGGAACAGAAAUCUGUAGGCAAUAUAAGAUGGUCAGAAUAUCACUUUCAUGAUAAAAUCAAUUGUGUAUUCUUGUUUCACAGAAUAAACACGAUAUCCACAGGAGAGUAUCAGCUGACAGAAGACAGUAUCAUCAUAUUUACAAGUGCGAUUAAUAGAACAAGGAGGAAAGAUAAAAAUAUAAAACUAACACAUAAAUAGCUUAAAAAGUGUUCAAAACCUUUCUACAGUUAGAUAUAAUAAUAAAAUAAAUGUGUACUAUGCAAACUUUCUUAAAAUUGUGGAAUAUUUGACAGGUCAUCUCCACCAUUUGUUCACUUUUUGCAACGUGACCACUAGAAAUCCGUUUUACACUCCAUAAUUAUAAUUGUCUCAUUAAAAUAAUCGGCUCACUCGGAUUUUAAGUUUCCAAAGAAGCUACAGGACUGUAUAUAAAAUCUAACAAUUCAUAUUACUGUAGGGUGAUCACUUUAAAACGGUAUGCUCUUGAAUCUGGGUUUCACCCUCUAAUGUAUAAAAUAAGUAACUAUCUGGUAACAAAUAGAAAAUGUUACUUUUGAUAAAAUACAAGUCAAAUAUUUUUUAAUAUUGUUUUAGAAAUCAUUAAAGGAAUUCAUUAUACAUCCAAACGUGGACUCUCCAAGACAAUUUAUCAACUCCCACACAGAUUGAUGUGGCGAGACUGUAGCAGUCAUUUGUCAACGUUAACUAAUUACUUUGUACAACUCACUGUUAAAAUCAGUUUUAAUCGUAUUGUCUUGGUUUUUCACAUUGUAAUAACCUGCCUGUAAUUUCUGUAUCCUUAUUUUUCUACUGUGUUUCAGAGUGAAUUACACAGGGAUAUUUGCCAUUCAUUAAACACUUCCCAAAUUAUUAAUUGUUUAAUUAACAGUACAUUGUAAACAAUGAACUUAGAAAAAUCACAUGGGUUUUGUGCUUUCAAAACAGUUUACAAUUAAAAAUGUAUAUCAUGCAUAAGACUUUCACAAUUGCGUGUGUCUCAAUUUUGUUCACUAAUUCUGUCCAUUGUUUUAUGUGAUUUUACCUUUUUUUCGAGAAUAAUCCUUACCUACAGGUCAAACCAUCUCAAUGCGUUACUAUCCACCUUUUUCAUCAUUAUCUACUCUUGUAAGGUAUUCACUUAUCUUGUUGCAUUUUUUAUGUGUUUGUAUUAAUAUUUCUUAAAAACUGUAUCUUGUUUUCAUCUCCUCUUUUGUUCAUUCAUCAUACAUAUUUCUCACCCUAUAUGUUACAGUUUGUGUUUAAUACCUGUUUCCUAAGAAUACAACUUAAACCUUCCUGUUUAAUAGUACAUAAUGGUCUCGGUACAUCAGUAGUGACAAUGGUCUCGGUAACGUCAGUGGUGACGUAAUGGUUUCAGUACAUCAAUAGUGACAUAAUGGUCACGGUAAUGUUAGUAUUGACGUAAUGGUCAUGGUAACAUCAGUGGUGAUGUAAUGGUCACUGUAACAUCAGUAGUGACGUAAUGGCCACGUUACAUCAGUAGUGAUGUAAUGGUCACUGUAACAUCAGUAGUGACGUAAUGGCCACGUUACAUCAGUAGUGAUGUAAUGGUCCCGUUUACGCCAGUAGUCAUGUAAUGAGCAUCGUUAUGAUUUCAUAACUUGGAAUAAAGUAGCCUUCAAAUGAGGAGAUCAGAGCCUCAUCUGACUAUACCCGAGUGCAACAGAGAAGACUGUUGGGGUGUGGCCAAUAGUGUGUCGUCGCUGUUGCCAUGUCAUCUUGUGUCUGGCAAAUACUCUCAAUUAUGAUGGCAUAAAUUACGUUAGAACAUUUUUCCAAAAGUUUCUGACAUUCUUGGGUUUUUUUUAAUUUUCUGUAAUAUAAGUGAAUGUUACUGAAAUCUAUAAUUUCUGUGGUAUAGCCUAUAGUAUAAUGUCAUUAUUUUGGUUCAUACUUGUUUGGUUUUAACUUGUCAUUACCGACAGAAUUUAAAUCAAAAUAAUGAUUUUUAAUCAAUUUGUUAUGCAGUGAUUGCUAAGGAAUUAGUACGCGCUUGCUUGUAUUAGAAGAAUAUAUAAUUAAUUAGCAAAUAAAUUAAUAUAAAAAUGUUAUUUUAUAUUUAUAUAAAACUAAUCUGGUAAUAAAA